AUGACGGAAAAUAUCGAUCUUUAUGCUUUGAAGCAGUCAGAAUUGACUAAGAGCGAAGCGGAUGUUCUUCGCAUUUUGAACGAGGGCUUGACGAUACAGGCCUCCCCCGCUACUGCAUCGGCAGAUCUGACCGAAUCCCUGCGGGAACACGUUUCGAAAUCUGAGUCGCUAGAUGAUGCCGAGGAAUUCCUUUGGGAUUUCUGGACAACAUUGAUGGGCGUGAUAAGAGUCACACCACUUGAUCAUCCGUGGGUUGAGAUUCUAGUAGAAGCUGUUGAUGAUCUCCGGCGCACAGGCGGGGUGAUCGUGGACGGCGAUACCUUGAUGCUAUGGGAGGAUUUACCUCAAUUCAGCAUGUAUGUCUAUGACAAAUGGGCCGAAGACCCCACAGAUUUCGACGACACCGCGCCUGCAGACAUUGAGACUUGGAAGCGACAGAACGCUUUUAUUUCACGUCUCGUGGCUCGUGGCAGUCCGUGGUGGAUUUACCUUGCUUAUUUGGAGGUAUCCACUGGCCUGGAGGGUGUUAAACAAGAAUCAAUUAGCCCAUUCGAGUGUUCAACUGUGUUUGAGUGCAAACUGUGGGUCGCAACAGAGUGGCUGAUCCAAGCUGGUGGUGUCCUAUUCAAGGAUUUAAGUUCCAAUGAGGAUCUAAGUGCUGAGGAGUUGAGAUCUAUCACCCCUGGGGGUUUAUGUAAGGAACUUUCUCCACAGAGCGUUAAGCGAUGGGAUUUCUGGCUGUCGAGACUCAUGGAGCUUGGUGACAAGAAGUCAUCUGAUGUGUUGAAAGAAGACACUCUUCACGAGGUUUCGCUCAGUGGAUCAUCCCUGUCACGUAUCGAGGAGGCCAUUGCUGCGAUGCAUAUAUGGCGCUCCAACGUCGAAGCUGAAUGCCAAUCAUCAGAGAACAAAGGUAGUCACGGCUCUAGCUAA